AUGGGCAGAAAAACAGCAGUCGGCAGGAAAACUGUGGCUCAGUCCAGGCUCUGCUCUCUGGACUGCACUACCUGUUACUCGGAGGAUCUGUCUCUGUUGCAGCCCCUUAGCACAGAACCAAACGCUUGCCAGAAGGUUGUAUUAAAGAUCAUUAAACAUUACCAAGAAGAAGGACAGGGGAAUGAAGUGGUCCAGGGAGUGCUGUUGGGUCUCGUGGUGGAUGACAGACUUGAAAUCACCAAUUGCUUCCCUUUCCCUCAGCAUACAGAAGAUGAUGCAGACUUCGAUGAAGUUCAAUACCAGAUGGAAAUGAUGCGAAGCCUUCGCCACGUAAACAUUGAUCAUCUUCACGUUGGCUGGUACCAAUCCACGUACUAUGGCUCUUUUGUCACUCGUGCCCUCCUGGACUCCCAGUUCAGUUACCAGCACGCAAUUGAGGAGUCUGUAGUUCUCAUUUACGAUCCCAUUAAAACUGCCCAAGGGUCUUUGUCACUCAAGGCGUACAGGCUGACUCCCAAACUGAUGGAAGUUUGCAAAGAAAAAGACUUCUCUCCGGAAGCCUUGAAGAAAGCAAAUAUUGCUUAUGAAAACAUGUUUGAAGAAGUGCCCAUUGUAAUUAAGAAUUCGUACCUGAUCAAUGUGAUGUUGUGGGAACUGGAAAAGAAAUCCGCAGUAGCCGAUAGACAUGAAUUGCUCAGUCUGGCUAGCAGGUAAGUACUUGUUACAAUAAUGGAUGUAGUUUUAUUCGCUUUCCCAAACCACAGUUUAACACCUUGGGUGAAAUCCCAGUCUCAUUAUAGUCCAUGGAAGCUUUGCCUUGACUUUUAAUGAGGUUAAGACUUUACCCUUCAUGUUCUUUUGCUGAAGGAAAAAACUGCAUGGUAAAAUUUUAUAGCAUUAGAAUCAAGGACUAAAUUCAGACUGUAAUCUGCAUGUACCUGUACUGCUUGAACUAUAUAAUCAUAUCAGUAGUGUUUAUUUCUUCAAGAAAUACUAACAUUCAGAAAAUCUGGGUAAAUAGAUCUGGAAAUAAAAAUUCUUUGUUAAAUAUUCCUUGAGUAGUUCUAGAAAUUAUUUUAAUAAAAA